UUCCGGUGGGCGGGGACGUGUAUGGACAAAUUUGCGGGCUGGGGACCAUGGAAGUGGAGGAAAUCUACAAGCACCAGGAAGUCAAGAUGCAAGCACCAGCCUUCAAGGACAAGAAACGGGGGGUCUCAGCCAAGAAUCAAGGUGCCCAUGACCCAGACUAUGAGAAUAUCACCUUGGCCUUCAAAAACCAGGACCAUACAAAGGAUGGUCAUUCACGACUCACGAGCCAAGUCCCAGCCCAGUGCAGGCCGCCCUCAGACUCCACCCAGGUCCCCUGCUGGUUGUACAGAGCCAUCCUGAGCCUGUACAUCCUCCUGGCCCUGGCCUUUGUCCUCUGCAUCAUCCUGUCAGCCUUCAUCAUGGUGAAGAAUGCUGAGAUGUCCAAGGAGCUGCUGGGCUUUAAAAGGGAGCUUUGGAAUGUCUCAAACUCCAUACAAGCAUGCGAAGAGAGACAGAAGAGAGGCUGGGAUUCCAUUCAGCAGAGCAUCACCAUGGUCAGGAGCAAGGUGGAUAAAUUAGAGACGACAUUAGCAGGCAUAAAAAACAUUGACACAAAGGUACAGAAAAUCUUGGAGGUGCUGCAGAAAAUGCCACAGUCCUCACCUCAAUAAAUGAGAGGACAUUGUGGCAGCCAAAG